AUGGACCUGAAAAAUCUCUCAAGCAAUUGGCGAAAACUUCAAGCAACCCUGAAAAAAGACAGCCCCUCUACCACCCAAGAGCGCAAAACAAGUGCUCCGGUCGGCAAGGAUGGAGUAAAAAGGAAGCGAACAUCGCUUCUGCCAUCCUCGGUGCCAGAGAGCAAAGGCAUAAAGGCCAAAAAAACGUUCAAGAGACGAAAAAUGGGGUCAAUCAUAUCGACAGCUGCUGCAGUGGAGGAAACGGACACACAUUCCAUAGCGGCUAUUUCGCAGCGGAAUGGAUCUACAACUUCCAUAGUACAGGAAAAAUUGCAACCUGCUGGUGAAGCAAGGAUUAAUGAAGGAUUAUCUCCUACUGCUACAGUAGGAAAAUACGUUGCAAUCGACUGCGAAAUGGUGGGCGUAGGUCCCAAUCCAGAUCGCGACUCAGCAUUAGGCCGCGUGAGUAUCGUCAACUAUAACGGCGAACAAGUCUACGAUUCAUUCGUUCGGCCGAAGGAAACGGUGACGGACUGGCGGACACAUGUGAGCGGGGUGUCACCGAAGCAUAUGGCGGAAGCUAGAGAACUAGAAGAGGUACAAAAGGACGUUGCGAAAAUCCUAGACGGUUGCAUUUUGAUAGGCCAUGCGAUCCGGAACGAUUUAAAGGCGCUGCUCCUUAGUCAUCCAAACCGAGAUAUACGGGAUACCAGUAAACAUCCUCCGUAUCGUAAACUUGCUGGCGGAGGUUCACCACGUUUGAAGAUACUAGCUUCUGAGCUGUUAGGGUUGGAUAUACAAGGAGCCGCUCAUUCGAGUAUAGAGGACGCGCGGGCAACUAUGCUUUUAUUCCGACGGGAUAAGGAGGCAUUUGAGAGGGAGCACGCGAAGAAAUGGCCACCGAUACGUGCACCCAUAGAUAAAGAGAAUCAUGGAGAGGAAAGUAAUGGGAGGAAACAGAUAAAGGGGAAGAAGAAGAAGAAAAAGAAGGGAAAGAAAUAG